AACACCGCGUAAAGCAUGGAAGUAGAUCACCUCAGUAUACAAACAUAAUUUUUUAGUUAAAAACAAUUUAAAUAUAUCUAAGCAUAAUGUUUGCUAAACCAUAUAAGCUAAAAUCUAACAACACUUUAAAAAAUUCUGAAAAGAAAUAUCUUGUGCAACGUAUACAGAAUGAGUUUCCAAAGGCUACAGAAGAAAAAGUCAAAGAAUUAGUACCAAUAAAAUCUAAUAGCAGUUGUAUGAAAUUGAUCCUGCACUCGGGUGAUACUGUCGGCGUGUAUGUGGUAGACGGAGUACCAAUGAUGAUUGAUCUCGGAGAGAAGUUGGUACCAACCGUAUGUGCACUAUGGAAAGUUAAUGAUUUAAUUCCUGUAAUCAGUAUACAUUCGCCAGUACUAAGUAAGGUUCAAGGUGGUGCUCCAUUAUAUGCCCCAGGAAUAGUGACUGAUAGUUCAAAGUUCCCCCAGUUCCCCCGUGGAGCUGUGAUAGCUGCUUGCACCACAGAUAAUGGAGCAGCUGGAAUAAUUGGCCGUGCUGUUAUAUCAUCUGCUGAUUUACUAAUAGCUACUAUGGGUGUAUGCCUAGAAACCUACCAUGUCUUUGGAGAUCUGUUGUGCAAAGAUACCAAGUUCUCAAAGAUCACGAGGCCUAAAAUAGAUCCAGCCGUUUAUGAUAUAACUGACGUCAUCUCCUCAGAUAUUAGCCAGUUGCGAAUACAACCAGUUAAGGAAGAAUGGCCAAGUCUAGUAAAGGAGCCAGCUGCAGUUACAAAUGAACCAAUGGUAAUUCCAGAGUCUGUGCAAGAGAUGCAAUCUGAGUCAACAUCUGUUCAAGAAGAACCAGAUAUUAAUGAUUCUGUAGAUACAGUAUGUUCUGAAGAUGAGGAAGACAAAAUACCCUCAGACAUGGAUGGUUUAUUACGCUGGUGCCUUUUGUCGUUCCUAAAACGAGAGGGAAAACAUAUAGAACUCCCACUGAAAACUAACCUGCUCUAUAAAAAUCACCUAAUGCCUUACUGUCCACCAGAUAGAACAUUGGAUGUAAAAAAGUCAACCUACAAGAAAAUGGGAAAAUUCCUUGAAGCCAUGGAAAGGGAAGGCCUGGUCCAAGUGCGCGAGGUGGACAAGGGUGUGGACGCGCUGGUGGCGCUGCAGCUCGCGCACCCGCUCGUGCGGCACCACCGCGCCCCCGCGGCGCGCCCCGCCGGGGCCCCCAGCGGGCCCUCGCAGGCCCCCGCGCCGCCGCGCGUGCGAGAGCUGCAUUGCGUCACCGCGCACGUCGCAGAAAUCUUCGCACCGCUCAAGAAGGGCUCGGCGCUGUCGGCGACGGAGGUGCGCGCGGCGCUGGCGCGCUACGCGGCGGCGCGCGGGCUGUCGGCGCGCGGCGCCGUCGCGCUCGACGCCGCGCUCGCCAAGGCCGCCGCCCGGCAGCCGCAGGAGCUCAUGAAGUGGGAGGAACUGAUGUCGAGCGUGUUGGGGCGCAUGACACCCAGCACGGAGAUGUCCUUCCCCGACGGAACGGUGAAACUCACCAAGUCGCGCCUCGAACCGAUUAAGAUGCAAGUCGUUACGAGAAGCGGGAAUAAAAAGGUGACGCUGGUGUCCAACCUGGAGGCGUUCGGGUUCGAGCUGUCGUCGCUGGCGCACGCGAGCCAGCUGCGCGUGGGCGCGGCGUGCGGCGUCACGCGCUCGGCCGCCGCGCGCGCCGACCAGCUGCUGCUGCAGGGCGACCAGACUCAUUUUGUCGCGAAACUCUUAAUUGAGGAGUAUGGUCUGCCCAAGAAAUUUGUAGAAGGAGCCGACAAAGCCUUGAACAAGAAGAAGUAAACGAUGAGUGUUAGUCUCGGAUGUAAACUUAUAUAUGAUGUUAUAAAAUAAAAUUGUC